UAUCUGAUUCUCGCAUACGGAAAAACAUCACAUAUCUUUUUUCUAACUCCCUGUUUUCUUCUAUUUCUUCUUCCUAAAAGAGACUUUAACGUUCAAGAUGGUAUUGUGGUAUUGUGGGUGUUCGGAUAUGGAUCUUUAAUAUGGAACCCAGGUUUCGAUUUUGACGAAAAACUCAUUGGCUAUAUCAAAGACUACAAACGCGUCUUCGAUUUCGCGUGUAUUGAUCAUAGAGGCGCGCCUGAACAUCCUGCAAGAACUUGCACGUUGGAGAAAUCCGCCGGAGCUAUAUGCUGGGGUGCUGCUUAUUGUGUUCGUGGAGGACCUGAGAAGGAAAAGCUAGCCAUGGAGUACUUGGAACGAAGGGAUUUCUAUUCUUGGAUGCAGGAAACUGCCACAUUCGAACCAGUCUUGACCGGAGUUAUAGUCUUUACGUCAACACCAGACAAAGAGUCUAACAAAUACUACUUGGCCCCAGCUCCACAGGAGGAGAUGGCCAUGCAAAUCGCCACAGCUUCUGGACCUUGUGGGAACAACCGGGAGUACCUUUUCAAGCUGGAGAAAGCAAUGCACGACAUUGAGCAUGAGGAAAAGUAUGUGACCGAACUGGCGAACGAGGUGAGGAAACAUCUAGACUUACCAAAAGAAGUGAAGGCAUUAUUGAAGCCUGUGGUUUCUCGUGUACCCAUCAAAACUCAGUCUCAAGCUCAUGUUUCCACUCGUCAACGGGUUUUUGCAUCAUGAGAGACGACAAGCAAAGUCAUGGCGGCAACUAACUACAUUUUGGUGAUGAUUAA